AUGAUCUGCUUCGCUGCGGCCAAACACGCAACGACAUACUUGACGAACCCUACAGUGACAAAGGCCUCUCCAAUGUCAGUAUCGAACUUGCUGGCGCCCGGACCGGACUCACAGACAGUUUUGGACGAGGCCACGGUCCGUUACGAAGACGCGUCGAGACCGCGAACCCCGCCAGUGUAUGAGACGUCGUGGUCAGCAAACGCAAAGUGCCGUCAAAGGGACCACCAAUCAGACGCCGAGCCGCGCCCGUUAUUAUCGCCUGCGAAGCUGGCUUCCUCUGGGGAAUCUACUUUUGAGGAUAUGCUUUCGGUGCUCAAGCUACAGUCCUCCGCAGUGACCUCCUCGAGUUUGGCUCUUCAGCAACAGAUGUUCGACGGUUAUGGCAGUCGAGGUUUCCCUUACCACUCGGCUCAGAUGUGGCCUAUUUGCUGUUGCAAUCCAUCCAUCAGAUCCUCACGCGACCAGCAGCUCCUCGAUGUCCCUAGCCUGGGUAAGCAUGCGUCGGUUCCCCUCUAUCCCGCUUGCAAUUGCUGUUGUGGAUGGCAUGACGGCUUUGCCGGUGGGAUGCGUAAGCCACGGGGAGACGGCACGUCGGCCGGCUGUUCCAGGGAGAGCUCGUACGCCGAAGCCGACUUUAUUGAUGCGUGCCUGAGCAGUGUCACUCACUGUGCCUGUGCUACGCCGGCUGAGCUGCUUCACCCGUGGACUUACGGCUUCGGCACUCAGCCCAUUCCGCACCAGGACGUCUUGCUUGGAUACGGCAACGAUUGGGAUGUAGCUGGGGAGCAAUUGGAUCUUGUCGUGUUCCAACAUCCGCAUUUCCUGAACAGAUAA